GCGGGAGUUUGAUCUUGCUAACAGGGAAGCAAUGGAUGAAUCUGCUGACUGGAGACGAAUGUACGACCAAGAAGUAGAAAGGGCUUCUAUGUGCAUUAAGGAAUUAAACAAUACGAAAAAGAGGAUGAUGGAGGAAAAUGGUGCAAAUAGUUACUUGAACAAGAGGCUGGAACUGCUUCAGAAGGAGAACAUGGAUCUGUUGGAAAGGGUUGAAACACUGAUGCAAGAACUCGAAGGGGAGAAGCUUAAAUGCAACUAAACAAAUCGUUCUUUAAAGGCUUGUACACAAAGUUCCUUCUUUUUUUUUAUCCCUAGAUCAAAGGCGAGAUGAUUCAUUCGAACCCUAGUUAUGUUGUGUUUUCUUUUGUUGAGUAACAGUUUAAAUUUUCUUAACACUCAUUAGCUGCAUCCUUAGAAACAUAACAUGUAUUCAUAAAUUUGUUGACAUUUUCUUGUCCAAACCCGAAAGUGUGUUUCUAAAUUGUAUGCUCGAAUGAGCUCAGAUUAACAUGGAGCUGGAAGUUCUUUUCGUGAUCAGACUUUGCUCCUUUCAGGCUGAUAUAAUGUAUAUAUUUAUAUGCUUGAAUUCCUAUAGAAGCGAUUCUGUUGUUACUAUUAGCUUCACAUCACCUAUUCCUUCUCCUUUAGACUAGGAACCAAUCUCCUUCCUUCUCAGGCCAAAUUUGUUGUUAUUCUUGCUAUUGAACUCGAUAUUCAGCUCCAUGUUCAGAAUUAAUUGCAGAUAAUACAUGGCAUUUCUGAGAAUCGGUUCUAAAUCUGAUGCAUUUCAUCGCCAAGGCAAGAUAUGGCAAUGCACUACAGGCUUACCCAGUGACAUUACUAUAGAAAUCGGGGAUGUCUCCUUUCAACUUCACAAGUUUCCUUUGCUUUCUCGGAGUGGGCUUCUCGCUAAGAGAAUUAACGGAGAGGACGAUGCAAACCAACCAAUCACUGUUCUUCAACUCACUGAUGUCCCGGGCGGGGCGAAAGCGUUUGAGUUUGUCGCUAGAUUCUGCUAUCGCGUUAAAAUAGAGCUGAACGUUGUCAACGUUGUCAGUGUUGUCAGUGUUCGUUGCGUGGAGGAUUAUCUUCAAGUGAAAGAGGAGUUGGGGAGGGGAAUUUAGUCGCGAAAACGGAAUCUUUUCUGAACGAGAUCUUUGCGAACUGAACGCACUCGAAUCGUGUCAGGAAGUUCUACCCUAUGCGGAGAAGAUUCAAAUUGUCUGGAGAUGCAUUGAUUCGUUGUCGAUAAAAGAGUACGCUGAUUCUUCUCUUCUUACCUGGCCAGUCUCUAUUCUUGAUAGUAAUGAAAAGAGAACGACAUUAUGAUAUAUAUUUUCAAACAACAUU